UAGCAACAUCAAACAUUGGUGCCUGGAUCCCGUCCCUCCCUCCCUCUCUCCCUUGUGCCGGCUGGAUGGGGCAUCCAGGAGCAGCCACUGACCGGUGCCCCGGCACUCCCUUCUGAAUUAGCUACACGGGGCGUGCAGGAAGGGACUGCAGGUGCUGCUUUACACCGACUAUAGACACAAACAUCUGGAGUAACUCAGCGGGUCAGGCAGCAUCUCUGGAGAAAAGGUUCGGUUCAGUCCUUGGAAAAUGCCGCCUAAGGCCAAGGGAAAGGUGAAGAAAGGGAAGAAGAAAGCAUCCGAAGGAGACACCAUUGAAGAGAAAUUCAAACGAAGUGUGCAUCAAGUGGAAUCACUCAAGGACCAGUUAGUUCUGCGAAGGGAUAUCGCAAGGCAGGCCUUGCUGGUUAAGGAAGAAUGGAAGGCAAGGCUACAGGUUCUGAAGAAUGACUUAAAAGAAGAGCAGGCUGUUAAGAAGUCAAUUCAUUCAGAUAUGACCCGUCAGUACAAGACCAUGAGGUCCAACCUGGACCUCCGUGUCCAUCAGUUGGAGAUAGAGGUCGGCCUCCUGCAGCAGCAACUCACUUCGUGUCAGCAGCAACUGGCAGAGACACGGGAGGAGAAAGCUCAGAUCAUCAGCGAGAAAGAUUCCACCAUCAAAGAGCUGCAGAUGAAAAUAGACAACAUGGAGACUGAAUACGAGGCCAUCCUCCAUGAUAGCCUGGACCUGCUGCUGAACAAGAUGGAGAAGGCCAGACUGCAGUGGGAGAAAGCGGCAACAAAUUUACACUCAGACCACAAGCAGAAACUACUUGAAUUUGGGCUCAACCCACUGGACAUCUAGCGCAAGGGUGGCAGUGGUGAAACUAUCCGAGUGUCCCUGUCUCCACACAAACCUACUCACUUCCCAGUGUCCCUGGGUCAGGAUAUUGACCAUGAAUCUGAAGUUCCUCUUUUUUUUUUUUUAGAGAAUUUGUUUUAGGAAAAAGUAUUCCAACAAAUAAAGUGUUAUUAUUCUUUGAUC